AUGGGCAACAGCGCAACGGCAACUGCAGCCAUGGAGGAGUUCGAGGAGAUGAACCCCUCGGAUGGAAAAUGGAAGCGCAAACAGCUGAUCAAUUGGUCACAGUUCAAGCGGCUUUACUGUGUAUCCCAGAUCAGGAGAAGCCGCCAAGGAACUCGCCCGUUUGAACACGGUGAGUGGAUGAUCCGGGGCCAGCACACCAUGGGGUGGAGCAAGUCGGCCACUCAGAGUGAGUGGGACAAGCGUUUCAAGGAUCCCAGCAUUCACCGAGACAAGCUCGGCAUCGACAAGAGCGACCGCCUCUGGAUCCCGGUCAUAGAGGAGCGCCACCGGCACACCGAUCACAUCAAGUCCUCCAUGCUCGAGGAGGGCGGGGCUCAAGAGAAGCAGCUGAGUGCUGAUGACCGUCGUGUGCUCUUGGCUCAGUGCAAAACCAACCUGCGAGAUCGUGACCCUGACAGCUUCUUUACUCACGAUGCCGAGGACACUGAGGAAACGCCGCCUCCAAAAGGAACCAAGCGUGGAUUGGAGGAGGCUGAUGAGGCUCAGACUCCGGCCGAGAAGAAGUUGAAAGCCAAGUUUGACAAGCUUUCCUCCUCAGGCCCAGCAUUCACUGCCUUCAAGAACGCGGCCGCCACCAAGGUUAAAGACAAGCUUGCAGCCCACGUGAGAACAGCACAGGUUGUGAGGGCCAAGAUGAACGAGGCCCGUACGGCCACGGAGGAGUACAAGAAUGCGCUCACUGAGAAGGAUGCGGUUGUGGAUUCAUGGCAGGGUUGUGUUGCAGCCUGUGCAGAGAUUCUGGCGACUUGGGAUUAUGAUAUCCCCAAUCCGGCAGGUGACAAUGCACAGGAGAUGUUCGAGAAGUACCAGGUCAAGCUUGAGGACACGCUCAAGAGGCUACCGGAUGUGAAGCUCGUGAAGGGCGACAGCAAGCUGUUUCCGAAGGUAACAAACUUUGUAGAAACCCCUUUUGCUGCUUUCCACGACCAGUACGACGUGCGUGACUGUAGGCUCAAGUGUGCUUUGAAAAGUGUGCGUUGCUCUGUUGUGGUAGCGGAGCUUGCGAAGGUGCAAGCUCGUAAGUGUAGUGGGUUGUUGUGUGCCUAA